GGGAAAGUCUCAGGAUACUUAUGUUGGUUUCCGCUUACAUCCCGGAAGUAACUACUCAAGCUAUCUAAAUUGGCCAAGUUGCCCAAGAUGUACAUUUUCUUUACAUGCAACAACUGACUUGGCGUGUGACGACCGGAGAUGAGCGUCACGUUGGACAUACGACUGAAAAGGGCCAACAAAGUUUAUCAUGAGGGUGAGCCUGUGGCCGGCGUUAUCGUGCUGGCAUGCAAGGAGGCUCUGCAGCAUCACGGCAUCUCCUUAAGCAUGGAAGGCCUGGUCAAUCUACAGCUGAGCUCCAAGAGUGUGGGUGUCUUCGAGGCCUUCUACAACUCAGUCAAGCCCAUCUCGCUGAUCAGCUGCAGCAUCGAGGUGGCCAAGGCCGGAAAGAUCCCGGGAGGCAAGACCGAGAUCCCCUUUGAGUUCCCCCUCAAAGCCAAAGGCAAUAAGGCUCUGUACGAGACCUACCAUGGGGUCUUUGUCAACAUCCAGUACACUCUCCGCUGUGACUUAAAGCGCUCGCUACUGGCCAAAGACCUCAGCAGGACCUGCGAGUUCAUCGUGCACUGUCAGCCGCAGAUAGCAAACGUCAGCGCCACUCCGGUCAAGUUCACCAUCACCCCCGACACCCUGCAGAACAUCCGCGAGCGGACUUCACUACCCAGGUUUGUCAUCCGAGGCCACCUAGACAACACCACCUGCGCCGUAAGCCGGCCGCUGACCGGAGAGGUGAUGGUGGAGAGCUCCGACGUUCCCAUCAAGAGCAUCGAGCUGCAGCUGGUUCGAGUGGAGACCUGCGGCUGCGCCGAAGGCUACGCCCGAGACGCCACCGAGAUCCAAAACAUCCAGAUAGCCGAAGGCGACGUGUGCCGCGGACUGCCCAUUCCCAUCUACAUGGUGUUCCCCAGGCUUUUCACCUGCCCAACCCUGGAGACCACCAACUUCAAAGUGGAGUUUGAAGUCAACGUUGUCAUCGUGCUCCACGACGACCACCUGAUCACGGAGAACUUCCCUCUGAAGCUGUGCAGGCUUUGAGUCCACGGGAGUUUUGUAUGGCUGAAUAAAGGAGUUGAAGAAUCGA